GCACUGGCGGAAGUGACGUUAUAAACGUGCGCCGGGAGCUCCGGAGGGUCGGCCGGGGUCGCCGCGGCGGGCGCCUGGGCCGCCGGCCGUUAGACUAGGCCUCCGCAGGUGGUGUUGGCGUCAGCAGUGGCCCCAGGGCAGCAUCUAGGUGUGAACGUAACGGAGAACCGCGGGAGCUGCUAGGAAGUUGUGCUGGGGAUGCUCCCGGGAAAGACCAGCUGCUAAGGCAGCGCCAGUGCAGAGGCUGUUGACUUGCCCAGAAAAAAGGGAUCGCCAUGGAUCAGAACAACAGCCUGCCGCCCUAUGCUCAGGGCCUGGCCUCCCCUCAGGGCGCCAUGACUCCUGGAAUCCCUAUCUUUAGUCCAAUGAUGCCAUAUGGCACAGGGCUGACUCCACAGCCCAUUCAGAACACCAACAGUCUGUCCAUUCUGGAGGAGCAGCAACGGCAGCAGCAGCAGCAACAGCAGCAGCAGCAACAGCAGCAGCAGCAGGCGGCAGCAGUGACAACAGUGACAGCCGCAGUGCAGCAGUCAACGUCCCAGCAAGCUCCUCAGGGGGCCUCAGGACAGACACCGCAGCUCUUCCACUCACAGACUCUUACUACCACUGCACCCUUGCCAGGCACCACACCCCUGUACCCCUCACCCAUGACUCCCAUGACCCCCAUCACACCUGCCACGCCAGCCUCUGAGAGCUCGGGGAUUGUGCCACAGCUGCAAAAUAUUGUAUCCACAGUGAAUCUUGGUUGUAAACUUGACCUGAAGACCAUUGCACUUCGUGCCCGAAAUGCUGAAUAUAAUCCCAAGCGGUUCGCUGCUGUCAUCAUGAGAAUAAGGGAGCCCAGGACCACAGCCUUGAUCUUCAGUUCCGGGAAAAUGGUGUGUACGGGUGCCAAGAGUGAAGAGCAGUCCCGACUAGCAGCACGAAAGUACGCCAGAGUUGUGCAGAAGUUGGGUUUCCCAGCCAAGUUUUUGGACUUCAAGAUUCAGAACAUGGUGGGGAGCUGCGAUGUGAAAUUCCCCAUAAGGUUAGAAGGCCUGGUGCUGACCCACCAACAAUUCAGUAGUUAUGAGCCAGAGUUAUUUCCUGGUUUAAUCUACAGAAUGAUCAAACCCAGAAUUGUUCUUCUUAUUUUUGUUUCUGGAAAAGUUGUAUUAACGGGUGCUAAAGUCAGAGCAGAAAUUUAUGAAGCCUUUGAAAACAUCUACCCCAUCCUCAAGGGCUUCAGGAAGACGACGUAAUGGCUGGCCUGCCCUCCCACCCACUUGUAAAAACACACCCGUUUGGUACAUUUAAGUGGUGGUGUGGGUGGCCUGGGUCCGUGUGGAAUGCAGCCUGCAUGUACACCUAGGCACACGCCAGGUGUUUCUGUAGUGCUGGUCUGUGCUGCCUGUCUAUUUAGAUUUAGCUUUCAAUUUUAAACUCUUACUGCUGUUGACAAGUUGGUUUAAGGGACAAAACUUUGGUGUUAAAGCCACCUCUUCAAUUGACUGGACUUUUAAUUUUUUUUUGCUUUCUUCCCCAUAAACCAGUUUUUAUAUUUCUACCAGAAAAGUAAAAAUGUUUUUUACAAGUGUUGUUUUUCUAAUUUGUAAUCCUAGGGUUUAUUUUUGUGCCACACAUUCCGCCCUCUCAGUAUUGCAGGACAGAUGUAUUAAUGAACAUGGAUGGCUGUAAAUAUUUCUCCUCAUACUCUGUACAAUAAAUGCUGUUUAUAAAAGAGUUAGGUUGAUGCUAUAAAUGCCUUGUAAGGUUUAUGUGGUCCUACUGUUAAAAGGUUGUAUUUUAGAUAUAAUGCCUGAAACCACU